AUGUCGCUCAAUUUGUUUGAUGUCCCGAAUGUGGAUUACCGGUACGAAGCCUCCAGGGACGUGACGUUUCAACCUGCCUUGACGGGAAUUCAGCCCAUCACGUUUUCCAUCCCGGCCUCCGAAGAUUAUUAUGAUCUCAACGAACUCCGUUUUCAAGUCAAAGUACGCCUGACUGAUCCUGCCGGUGGGUAUGCAGGAUUGAAAGCCAAUUUGGCCGAUUCCGAUGCCAACAAUACCAGAAACACCUACUGCGUCAAUAAUUUUGCUCACUCCAUCUUUCGAGAUAUUACCAUGAGCAUGAAUGGUGUGCUCAUGACUGAACAGAGCAAUACCUACCAUUACAGAGCCUACUUGGAAACCUUAUUGAAUUACAACAGAGAAGAAGGAGCCACCAAGUUAGCCUCUCAAGGCUGGGUGAAUCAACUCAAUGUGAUUGAUGAAAUGGGGGCAACAGGUGCUAAUUCCGAUAUUCCUACCACUGCUGCUUGGAGUGGAAAUGAAGAGUUGCGAGCCUUGACCAGCCGGUUGCUAAGCGAAAAUUGGCACACCUUUAUUAUCCGUCCUCAUUUACCACCCCUCAAGACGGGUAAAUGUUUGGUGCCUGGUGUGCAGUUAGACUUUGAAUUGUUUCUAAACCCCAAGUCUGUCUACUUGAUGGGUACCCCCAACAAAGGGACCUUAACCACCAAGAAAUUUCCAGCCAUCCAUAAUGAUGACAUCAAAGUCACCUUACUGAUGCGAAAAGUGACCUUGAACGCGAGUGUCUAUGUCAGACUGCAAAAAGAAAGACAACUGGGAAAAAAGAUUGUGCGCUACCCAGUAGUUCGAAGUGAAAUCCGCACCUUCUCCUUUGAUGGAAGAACUACCCAGUGGGAACAAGACAAUUUGUUUGUGGGUCGAUUUCCUGAUCGAGUGAUAGUGGGAUUGCUGCAUUCCAAUACGUUCAAUGGUGACCUACAAAGAUACCCCUUUGCCUUUGAAAAGUUUGGGGUCACCCGAGUGCGACAAAGUUUGAAUGGAGAAGAAUAUCCUUACAGAACCCUAGAACUAACAGGCGAUGAAGCCUAUGAAGAUCUACUGGGCUACGAUCGCUUUCUACAAGCCAUGGGUUCCUACAAUGAAGACAAGAUCCCCAUGCUGUUACCCAGUGAUUGGGGACAGGGCAACAACUGCACAUUGUUUAUGUUCAACAAUGUGGCAAGUGGCAAAGCCGAUGACCCUCAGUAUCGCAACCCCCACCAAUCGGGAAAUGUGCGACUGGUGAUUGAUUUCAGGGCCGCUGUUAAUCACAACAUCACUGUGUUGGUGUGGAGCGAGUAUGAAAACAUGUACGAGAUUAAUCAUCUGGGAGGUAUAAAGUACAACAUCAACGGUUGA